AUGUCGAAGAACAACAGCCUCCUCAACUACUGGUCGGCCGUGCCUGCGCCGGAAGCAAGAACCACAGGGAGCGGCAAGGUCUCCAAGCCAGCAAGCGCCGCAUCGGCCUCACCGAACAACCAUCCCUUACCGCUCCCACGCGCGGCUACUCCUCCCACAAAUGCGGUGGUCAUCAGCUCGGGCUCUCCGUCCUCGCAGUCCAGCUCCGACGACUCCUUUCCUCCCUCGCCUAUCCGGAUCGCCUGGCAAGCCUCGUCGCCGCCUCCACAACCAGCCUUGAUUCGAUCCGGCACUGCCGGUGGAUCUUCACAGGCACGCCGCUCCGACAGCGUUGUGCGAGAUUCGGAUGACGACGACGAUUGCGAUGACGGCGACGACAACGACAAUGACAACGACAAUGCCGAGUCUCUGCAGGCGGCCGUGCGCUUCGGCCAGCCGCUCUCGUCGUCAUGCGUCUCCAGCUACUACUCCAGCAUCGUCGUGGCAAGAUCAGCAGCAAAAACGGCAGCAAUGCCGCCAUCCUAUCCAUCUUCCGACUCCUCGUCCACACCGCCACAUACCAAGCGUCGUGCCAACACGCUCCUCUCAUCCCCACUUGCCCUGCGCCGGAUCAAGCAGGUCCGCGUCGCCAGGCUGCCCGAUCCUCCGAAGCACAAGUUCGACAUGAAGGCUCUGUUGCGCCAUGCCGAGCAAGACGAUGCUACCGAGGCCGCCGUACAACGUGUCUCUGCCGCCUUUGCCGGGCCGGGAAGCCAGCAAGACGGCACCUCGACGGGCGACGGCACUGCUAACAAAUCGGCAUCCGCAAUAGCGCCAUCCGGCAAGCUGUCCACGUUCAUGAUCGACAGCUUCAUCAGCCUGAGCGGCGAAGAAGCAGGCUUGGGGCUGGAAAGCAGCGACCCGCUGGCAUCGAUGAACAAAGACCGACUCCGGCGGGCGUUUGAUCGCACCGGCGUGGCCGCGGUGUCGGAGCAGUGGUACUUUUUCAAGGAGCAUUUCGUCCCAUCGCCGGUCAAGAAACGGCCGUUUCCGCAAAAGGCUGCCAAGGACCGCUGGACAAUGCUGAAAGACGCCACGAUGCGAUACGACUGCUUCAGCACAGGUCUCGUGCGCUAUGCCAUGGAGGCGGCCGACGCGCCUCGGCUGCCUGACGAGCUCUUUCUCUGGAUCCUCGACGAAGCGAGCACGGAGACGCUGCCGUCUCUCCGGGACGAGUACGCCGGAAUCCUGUGUCGCUGUCCGGAGCAGGUUCGCCGCUUUGUCGACGCUGAGCGGUUACUGCUCCUCUUCCAGAAGCUCGGCCCGCGUUGGGAGAGUAUCGAUCUCACGGCCCGGCUGGAGCUGGUGCCGGCCAUCAGUCGUCCGUAUCCUGGCCGCGACUGGACUCCGCUGCGCUCGCUGCUGACUCUGGUAGCGACACUGGCAGCAGAGGGCGCCCUGUCCCUCGAUGCGGUGCGGUGUGCCAGCAAGAUCCUGCUUCGACUCGGCAUCGACCGGCUCAUAGAAGAGAGCCUGGAGCUGCUGCAGACCUACCAGGAUGCCAUGCGCAAGCUUGUCUUGCGGGUUUCGGCGUCUGAGUGGGUUGAUUAUUGCUACGAUGUCGGUCUGUCGCUAUACAACAGCGUCCAGAAGCCGUCCCUGCGGUGGCAGGUGUUAGUUUGUCUGCCCACGGACCUGCCGGCCUGUCACGAGUUGCGACGUCGGCUCACGGCCGUCUUCCUGUUUGACGACGCAGAGAGGGCGCGACAGGAUCCUCGGCGGACGGCAGCGGCCGGCCAAGGAGGGCUGGCCCGCCUCGCCAUGCGCGACGACCUGGUGGUGACGGCCGACACAAACUACGCAGACCUGGUGGCAUUGGUCAACAUGCUCGACGUGUAUGUGGACGAUGCGGGCGGGGAGGCCGUGGACGGCCACACGGCUGCGGCCGAGUUCGACGCCGACGUGGACGAGCUCGCACGGAGGCUUCAGGCCAUUGGGCGGGGCAUCGAGGCAACGAGCGGAGGACACAUGUCGCGGCUCGAGAGCAAGACGGCGCUGGACCGGGUGCAGAUCCGGCUGACGCACGCAGUGCGGACGAGGAGACCAGGCCGGAGGAACAUCUUUGGCCCUGCAGGGUCGGGCGGCGGAGACGCAUCGCAGUCCCGGCAGAAGGACAUCCGCAGCUUCUUCCAGCAGCAGCUGGCCAAGAAGAAAACGUGA